AAAGUAAGCCAUCAAUUGGCAAGCCAGAUUAUGUUGCUGCACUCUACUGCUAAGAAACAUUUCCUUCUAAUCGUACUCCUGGUCUUUUUGAAUUUCAUUUAUAUUAAAGGUCAAUGUAGCCAGGGUACACUUCGUCUUGUCAAUGGUGCUUCAUAUCAUGAAGGUCGCCUUGAGAUAUGCUAUGGUAAUAGCUGGGGAACAGUCUGUGAUGAUGGCUGGUCUAAUGCUAAUGCUCAAGUUGUAUGCAGACAGCUUGGAUACCCUACUACCGGUAAGCUGGGAGCUAUGAAACUUAUAAUAUACAUUCCAUUGUAAACUGAAAUGCACUA